AAAAAAAAAUACAAUUGCAUCCACACCGUCAGUCAUGUCUGACAGCGACGAAAUGAAUACCUCGGGAAACCUCUCUGGAGGUGUUCCGGUAGAUAAUGCGACCGUGGAUUCCCACAACAAGAAAGAACAAGGAUCCUCCUCGCAGCCCAGGAGAGAACUGUUCGUCCGAUCGCUUCCCGCCUCAGUGACGACCGAAAGCCUCGCAGAAUACUUCUCGCAGUCCUACGUGAUCAAACAUGCGGUUGUUGUCCUUGAUCCCAAGACCAAGCAGUCGAAGGGCUACGGUUUCGUGACCUUUGCCGAUGUCGAAGAUUCCAAAGCUGCGCUGGAAGAAUUCAAUGGGUCGACCUUUGAAGGGAAGAAGAUCAAGGUUGAUUACGCCCAGCCCCGUCAGCGUGUAGUUGAUGAGACUGGGGGAAAGAGUGUGCCUUCUGCUGCUGCACUGGAGCGGAAGAAGGAGCGAGAGCAAAACAAAGCAGACACGCGGCCUCCAAGGCUCAUUGUUCGAAAUUUACCGUGGAGUGUGAAGGAGCCAGAGCAUCUGGCAGCGUAUUUCCGGUCUUUUGGAAAGGUCAAAUACGUUGAUCUCCCUAAGAAAGGGGGCGAACUUCGAGGAUUCGGAUUUGUUACGUUGAGGGGUAAAAAGAAUGCCGAAAAGGCCCUGGAGGCCGUGAACGGGAAAGAGGUUGAUGGUAGAACUCUGGCGGUGGAUUGGGCUGUGGAGAAGGAAGUCUGGGAAAAUAUACAACAGGAAGAACAGAAGCAACAGGAAGAAAAAGCCGAGGAAGAGUCAAAUGAUGUUGAUAUGGAUGAGGCAGAGGCAGAUAUGGAUGAAGAUGAAUCGCUCUCUGUUGAAGAUGACGAUGACGAUGAUGUGAGCAUGGGCGAGAGCGAUGAAGCGGACGAAGAUGAGGAGGACGAGGAGGAACCGGAAGAGGAAAAAGAAGACGAGCGAAACGCCUCUACGAUAUUCAUCCGAAACCUGCCAUUUACAUGCACAGACGAAACCCUCUACGAACACUUUGCGCAAUUCGGCCCCCUCCGUUAUGCACGAAUCGUUGUUGACCCCGAGACCGAACGCCCCCGUGGUACUGGCUUCGUUUGCUUCUGGAAACCCGAGAACGCUCAGUCCUGUGUGCAAGAGGCUCCUAAGCAACAGGAUACUCUGAUCACCGACAAAGAGAAAGCAAAGAAGGGCUCUGCAAUCAAGCACUCUAUUCUGCAGAACGAGAACUCCGAUCCCAGUGGCCGAUAUACCCUGGACGGCCGUGUGCUCCAAGUCAGCCGCGCCGUUAGCAAGUCCCGAGCCACGCAACUCGAGGAGGAGGGAGUCUCUCGUCGUCUCGUCCGCGACACCGAUAAGCGAUGCCUGUAUCUGCUACAAGAGGGAACCGUUUCACCUAACUCCACCUUAUACAAGCAGCUGUCACCAUCGGAAAUCAAGAUGCGAGAGGACAGUUUCAAACAGCGACAGAACUUUAUCAAGAAGAACCCAGCUCUCCACUUCAGCUUGACCCGGCUUGCUGUGCGUAACCUUCCGCGCCAUGUGACGUCCAAGGACCUGAAACAGCUAGCCCGCCAGGCUAUCGUUGGAUUCGCCAAGGAUGCCAAAGAAGGCCGUCGACAACCGCUUUCAAAAGAAGAGGCCGAACGUUCCUCUGAAUCUAUGAAAGAGGCAGAGAAGCUGAGGAAAAAGAAGGGAGUCGGUGUGGUCAGACAGGCGAAGAUCGUCUUCGAGGGCCGCGACGGCAGCAAGGUCAACGAGAACAGCGGAGCAGGAAGAAGCAGAGGCUAUGGGUUCAUCGAAUUCUUCACCCAUCGCCAUGCGCUUAUGUGUUUGAGAUGGCUGAAUGGACACGCCGUGGAAGCGCCCAAGGAUGCCCCCAAGGAGCUUAAGGACCGCAAGAAACGCCUGAUUGUCGAGUUCGCUAUCGAGAACGCCCAAGUCGUGAAGCGCCGAAAUGAGAUCCAGGAGGCCAAAAGGCGCAAUUUCAAGAAGGGAGACCAGAAGAAUGCCGGUGCUGUGCAAAACGACGACCGGAAGAACAACUCCGAUCCCAAGGGGAAGAAGAGAAAGCGAAGCGAAAGCGGCAACGGCACCGGCAAGGGCCAGGAGGACUCGGAAGAGCAGAACAAAAUCGCCAAACGUAAUCGGAUUAUCGCGAAGAAGAGGAUGCAACGGAGGACCCGUAAGGGAAAUGCUUGAUUGGGAUCAUGGAUUAGAUUAUUACCUAGUUGGAUACGGCUGGAAAAAAGGUUAUACGUAGUAUAGAAAUCUAUUUAGCGCGUGUGCACAGAUAUUUUAUCUGGAA